GAAAAGAUUGUCGAAAAUACAGAUUCGAGAGCUUGUGAAGAUUAGUAAGAAAUAAAAAUUAAUAAAUAGAGAUACAAUAAACAUUUACCACGUGAAAUAAGUUUUAGUGUAGAGAUAAAACAUAAGUAAUUAGUUUAAAUAUAAAAGUUAUCCCAAAAAAGUGCUUUAAAUGUGGCAAAAAACAAAGUGAAGUGAGACGAAAAUUUUUCCCUCCAAUUAUUUUUCAUGAAAUCGUGAAAGGAAGCAGAUAAAAAAAUGCCACUGUUAAAAAGAAAGCCAUUUAAGCGAAAUUUGAUCCCAGAAGGACUCAAAGAUGAUGAUGAAGUGUUCUACUGUGAACUGACUAAAGAAGUUUUCAAAACUUAUGAAGAAUUCUUUGAGCGUGUUAUGCUAACAAAUUCAGUGAUUUGGCAGUGUGCACUUACCGGUAGACCAGACUUAACAUUUGCUGAAGCAUUAGCUUCGGAAAAAACAGCAAGAAAAGCACUCCGUCAAUUUCCAUCGGCCUUGCGCGGUCCAAUCAUUCUUGUUGCGUCACAUACCAAACGAUCGUCAUUGAAAGAACUCGUCGAUGAUGUUUUUAAUUUCGUUAAAGAUCGCUUCUUUAAGGAUGAAAAGAUCGAUGUUAUGAACGAAAGUGGUCGAGGGUGUCGAUUUUGUAGGAUUCUUGAUGUUAUUACCUUGGAUAAUGAUCGUUCAAAACUUUAUGAGCCAAAUGAAAUCGAAUAUAAAGUUCAAGCUGUUGAUGAUAAUAAACAACCCCAAGUUUGGAUUACAAAAACCGAAUGUCUUCGUCGUGACAAAGCUGUUUUUACGAAAGAGAAGACGAAACUCUUUUUAAAGCAGCAUGUUGAGGGGUUCAAUGCGAUGUUAAAAGUGAAAGAAGAAUCGCUUCAAAAGUUUGUUGUUGAUCAGAUGUUGUCAUCAGAAAGCUUGUUUGUGGGGAAACUUCCUGAUUUUGAAAUAUCGAAGAAGCUUCAACAGCAACAAGAGAAAAACACAAAAAAAGCUGAAAAAGGUUCAACAACUAAAAGUAAAAAGUCAGGAACUAAACAAGAUGACAUAACAAAAUAUUUAAAUAAUUCAGGUACAAAAGAACUUACAAAAGAAGAGAAAGAGCAACGCGAAAUAUCGCGCGCUAAUGCAAAGAAGUUUAGAGAAGAAAUGGAAUUGAAACGACAAGAGAAUGUAAAGCUAAAAAAAGAAAUGGAGGCUGAGAAACAAAAACGAUUAGCCGAAGAGAAAGCAAGAAUUCUUGCCAAAAUUCAAGCAUCAGUCAGAGAUCACAAUCAAUUAAGAGAUGAUCUUGAAUUGACUGAUCAGCGUGUCAUCCCAAAAGGAAAAGCUGUCUCUACUCUUAUCGACAAGCACUUUGCAGACUUUGUUAAGAUUCUUGAAUUCUUUCAUUCGUUUCCUGAAGUUCUUUUGAUCGCCGAUAAAUUUCCUUAUGGAUUGAACAUCGAACUUCUUGAACGUGCACUUUUAUUGAAGGAAGUCAACGGUCCACUUGGUGAUAUCUUUCAGGUGCUAUUACGAACAAUUUUCUCGAUGCAAAUCGAAGAAGAAGACGAAGUAGGAUUCGAAUAUCGUGUCACCAACAGUGACGUUCCAUUAAAUCAUUCCAAGUUUGAACAUAUGAGAAAAGCUUCGUGUGUUCAUCGAUUGUGGGCGAUGAAACAUUAUAGUACUAACAUCAAUGAAAUGGUUCUCGAUUCAACGACACUCAGUGAGGUUUUACGAUUACAUUUAAUGGCCUCUGGUGCUAUGUUAAGUGAAAAACCUGCUAAACAUCGAUUUGCAACACGAGGCGGUUAUCGAAGUCAAGACGAUCCUGGAUUAAAUUUCACAAUAAAUCAUCCACACAUCAUUAAGUUCCUAUCACAAUACAGCGUCUAUCAAUUAUCAACGAAAGAUAUUCUUCGCAUUCUUGGAUGUUUGACUGAUCAAAUUCUUUCAUAUUCCAACAUGAGAGAAGUUAUUGAAGAACGUUUAGAGAAAUCUGCGUAUGCGAAACUUGAAUAUAAAAAUCUGAAAGCAAAUGAAGGACGCCGCGAGAGAAAAGUUAUUGAAGAGAAGAAAACGUUGCAAGAGGAACAUAAAAAUCUUAUUGCGACGUAUGCUGAAUUGGAAGAAGACAAAAAGCAAGCUUUGAUCAAAAAAGCAGAGGAAGAAUUAGAACAUAAACUGGAAAAAAUUGAUUUGCUUUCGAUACGAGACAAAGCGCAUCACAUGAAAGACUUAAAAGCUCAGGUUUCGAUAUUCUUUAAUCAUCAGACAUAUCUUGGAUGUGAUCGUGCAUUUAGAAAUUAUUACAUUUUUGAGUCGUUGCCAGGAUUAUUUGUGGAACAUGAUUUAACAUUUGCUGGUAAAUGUCUUGAGAAUUAUGUGAAAAAUAAUCCUGCAUUGGCACAUUGUACGAAGGAACAACGUUACAGAGUCAUCAAACAAAUGGUAAAGAAUGAAGAAGGUGGAGCAAGUGAUGAUAAAGAGAACAACAUUGAAGUGAAUGGAACUGAUCAAGCAGUUUCAUCUUCGAAUGUUGUUAAAAAAGAGACAAAUGAAAAUGAUUUGCAAAAAGAGCUUUACAUGUGUAAUUGCGAUCCAUUAACUUGUGUUGUUCAUUCGGAGAAUGUUGAAAGAAACACUUGGACUUAUUUUAAUACAGCCGAUGAACUUGAUGCUCUUAUUGAGUCGUUAAAUGUUCGUGGAUUUCGUGAGAAGACUUUGAGAGAGCAAUUGGAGGCAAGUCGUGAUCUUAUUGCUGAUUAUAUUCAAACAUGUCCAUCAGAAAAGCUCAGUUUAUUGACUGAAGAUGUUAAACAACCUUCAGCGUUAAUGUCUAAAAUCGUCAAUCGAACAACAAAGAAAUAUGACAAUCCGAACUUAAAUCAUGCUGCUGGAACUGAUUGUAGCGUCAUUUAUGAUUACAAUUUACGUGAAGUUCUUCUUGAUUUUGAGCAGCGUGUGAGUCUUGGCGGUUUGGGAGAGUUGAAAGUUCAAGAUAAGCAUUUGUGGCGAAAAUAUAUCGAAGAAGAACAAUAUUAUGCACUUGAUGAUAAUUUCAAAUGGGGGAGCGCACGAGAGCACUUAACAAAUGGAGAAACUACCAAUGGACAUGCUGAUGAGAAUGGAAGUGUUCAUGGAAGUGAAAAUUCAAAUGAAACUGAUGAAACUGAAAGUUUUUCUGCUGUUGAUGGCUUGGAAUUGCCACUUUUUACAUUAGAUUCAGGGAAUUGUUCCGACAUGGAAUCAGAUGUUGUUGAUGAAACUCCUAAAUUUAAAACAUCUGAAGUUGAAGCUGUUAAAUUGAAAGUUAAGAAUCUUGCAAUGGCUUUACUUCAAAUUGAGCAAGGAAUUGAAUUGAAGUUUAUUCGUGCACCAUUUGGACCUAUGAAAGAAAUUAAAGAUAAAAAAUUGAUGGUUAAAGCUAUGGAAACUUGCAAAAAAAGAGUUUUAAGAUGGGAAGAAUCGUUGAUGAAGUCGACAAGUUAUUCUCAGGUUUUCCUUCACUUCAACAUUCUGAACGAUUCCAUUCUUUGGUCUCGAUCAGCACAAAGAGUUGGAUGCAUGAUAUGUCGUCGUAAAUCCGAUCCAGAACAAACUCUUCUGUGUGACGAAUGUAACAAAGGUUGGCACAUGUUUUGUCUUCGUCCACAACUCACUGUCAUUCCAAAGGGCGAUUGGUUCUGCCCUAAAUGUCGUCCUGACGAUUAUAAAACCGAAUCAAAAAGAAAAUGUCGUAAACAAUUUGUUGAAAUUGAUUCAGAAGAGGAAGAAGAAGUUGAAGCUGAUGAAACGGUUGAAGAAAGUGGAUCUGAUGAUGAGGACGACGUUUGCAUGGUUUGCCAGUACACGGGAACAAAACUUUGUCUAUGCAGUGAAUGUGAUUUCCAAUGUCAUCCUGAAUGUGCUAAACCACCAGUAAGAAAAAUUCUUAAGAAUUGGAAAUGCUGGAAGUGUACAAGCGCUCAACAACGAAAUGAAAGAUUUAAACGUCGUCGAAUGGACAAAGAUGAAGAUGGAAGUGAGGAAAAAGCUGAGAGCGACGAAGAAAAGCCAUUAAAGAUAAGAAAAGUUGAGAAGACGAGUGACAGUCGAGUUCGUUCAAAAAGAAUUUAUGAUGAAAGUGAAGAGUCGAGCGUUUCAUCCGAUGAAGUACCUGUUAAAAAAUAUAAUAAAGAAUCUGGUGAAAGGCGAUCAAGUCGUCAAGCUUCAAAUAGAAAUUCGCGAAGAAAUUCACCCGAACCUGAAGAGAAUUCUCGAUUAAGAAGACGAAGUUCAAAGAAGUUUGCUGAGGAAACAGCAGCUGAACGAAGAGCUUCAAAAAGAUCGUUUGACGCUUUCAACGCCAUCAGUUUAAGUGCACUCAUUGAUGACAUCAUAAGACAUAACAGUUCAUGGCCAUUUACAAAACCAGUAUCAGUGAGUGAAGUUCCAGAUUACUUUGAUGUCAUCAAACAUCCGAUGGAUUUCGGAAAAAUCAAAUCCAAACUCAAUCUCGGAGAUUAUCAAACAAAUGAACAAGUAAUAAAAGAUGUUGAAUUAGUUUUUCACAAUUGUGAUCUGUACAAUGUUUCAGAUUCAGUGAUUUACAGAGCUGGAAGUAAAUUAGAGAAAUUUGUUGCGAAACGUUGCAAGGAACUUAACUUACCAUUUCAUCCAUCCGAUAUGAUUUCAAAUUAAUGACAAGAUAAAUUUUCACUUUCCAUUUUCAUUCACACCCAGUUCAGAUUUUCAAGUUUUGGUUUUUAAUUUUCGAAAUGAUUACAAAAUCUUAAAUUAUUUCCUUACAUUAUUCUUUAGUUUUUAGUGAUGUUUUAGAGUGACUUAAAUAAGAUAAUUUAAGGUGGUUUCAUUUAAGCAUUCUCGUAAUGAAAAAAUAAAUAAAUUAAUAAAUUAGAGUAAGAAACGCAAAU